AUGCUUCUUCGUGACCAAAUUGUAAUUCAAAUUGGUGAAGAAUUAGAUGGAAUGGUUAUGAUUCGUUCAGGGGAUAACCGCCAAGAAUUCAGAAUUGCGGCCUUGGAAAGAGAGACUAAAAGAAAAAACAUCAUCAUCAGAGAAGUAGAAGACAAAGAAAACGAAAGUAAAAUAGUACAAAAACUAGCCGUAACUAUUAAGAAAGAAGUAGAUAUCGAUAAAGCCAAAAGAAUCGGCAAAUAUAGAGCAGAUGGACAAAGACCAAUAGUACUGAAGCUAACAACAGGAACCAAGAAGGCAGAAAUACUUAGAAACUCUAAAGGACUAAAAGGAUAA